GGGCGGCGGGAGGGGCUGGACCGCGUGGAGGGUACCUGGGCCGGGGCGGGAGUGGGGCAGGCGCCGGAGGGGGCUGUUCUGGAGCUUGGAAGAGGCGAGAACUUACACAGAAAGGCCCAGAAAGCGAGGGCUGCGGCCCCGGGGGUGGAAUCCCGGAGAGCGCUGGGACCUAACGAGCCUGGUGGUGGCCGGGCGAGGACUAGAGAGAACCUGAGGUGGGUGGACGGGUGGGAGCACGGAGUUGUUCAGACACGUGGCUGGAGAGAGGGCCGGAACCUGGGGGUCCUAACGUCGGAGUCCCUGCCUCAGCCAGCCCUCCGGAUGCUGGUGCUGCCAUCCCCCUGCCCUCAGCCUCUGGCAUUUUCCUCCGUUGAGACCAUGGAGGGCCUUCCCCGUCGGACAUGCCGCUCCCCAGAACCUGGACCUUCCUCCUCCAUCGGAUCUUCCCAGGCUUCAUCUCCUCCAAGGCCCAACCACUACCUGCUUAUUGACACUCAGGGUGUCCCCUACACAGUGCUGGUGGACGAGGAGUCACAGAGGGAGCCAGGGGCCAAUGGGGCUCCAGGCCAGAAAAAGUGCUACAGCUGCCCCGUGUGCUCCAGGGUCUUCGAGUACAUGUCCUACCUUCAGCGACACAGCAUCACCCACUCGGAGGUAAAGCCCUUUGAGUGUGACAUCUGUGGGAAGGCAUUCAAGCGCGCCAGCCACUUGGCACGGCACCAUUCCAUUCACCUGGCGGGUGGUGGGCGGCCCCAUGGCUGCCCGCUCUGCCCUCGCCGCUUCCGGGAUGCGGGUGAGCUGGCCCAGCACAGCCGGGUGCACUCUGGGGAACGCCCGUUUCAGUGUCCACACUGCCCUCGCCGCUUUAUGGAGCAGAACACACUGCAGAAACACACACGGUGGAAGCAUCCAUGAGCUGGGCUGCUGGGUGCCCCAGGUACCACAGGACUUUGCAGGGAGCCUGGACUCCUGUCCAGACACCUGGUGAGAGCCUGAGGCUGGUGUUCAGGGCCCUGGACACAGACACAGAGCAGCCACAUCUCAAAGGCAGAGCCCUGCCUGAAGGAGGAAUCCGUGAGUAGUCUUCAGGUCCUCCGUGUUUUGGAGCUGAGAUGGGAAUGAGCCCCUACACAGAAUGGAGUCCUCUAGCCUAAAGAUACCAGCUCUUCCAUGGCAGAGCCUUGACUGGAUGGGGGUGGGGAGUGUGGUGUGUAAAGUCUCUGGCCUCAUAAAAGGUGGCUGUGGGUCAUCAGGAAUCUGCCAUCUUCCUGAGGCUUCUGUGCUGUUGUUGGGGAAGGGACCCCAGUCCUGCCUUCCACCCCCCGACCAGGCCUGAGACUGAUCGAACAAUAAACACGUUUCCCACUCUGA